AGUCGAGAAAACCCGACUGAACAUAAUCAACUGGCAAUGUACGACACGUAGGCAGAAAAGUAAAACAAAUUUGCAGUUUGCAGAGAUUCUUCGCCAGAUGUUUAAACGUCGCCUCGCCAGCAACCGAAACCGAAUUUCCACUAGCAACCGAUUCUUCCAGGCCUCCAACUGACCCAACUGAACACGACCAUGGACGUAUCCGCCUCCACGUCGUUUGAAUCCUCGCCGGACAAGAGAAACAGCAUCUAUGUGGGCGACAACACUUUCUACGACAGCGCCCUGGAUCACCAGCUGUCCACCACGGCCUACAAGUCGUGCAAUGGUAAGCAUCCAAACCUAUACAAAGCCCUCAAGAUCCUGAGUAGCAGAGAUCCGCGAACGGAGGGCCACGUCUUCCAGGAGAAUCACCCGUUCUCCUCGAAAGCAGAAAAGUUUCAGCGGUCGGAAAAAGAAGUAGACCUCUCUACAUACGGGCAGGACACGGAUAUGGACCACAAGUUAACCGAAAUGGGUAAUCAAAGCGCUUCCUUCACAAAUCCGGAGUAUAUAGGAGAAUCGGAAGAAGAUGAGUUUCCUUCGAGAGCUAUUUACGAGCAAAAGAACCUCAUAGAUGAGCACGACCAAUUGGAUCGCAAGGUUAAUGAGCUCAAACUGAAGCUCGUUGUUCUGCAAAUUCAAACAAGACAUCAGAAGCAAACGAUCGAGAAUCUUAAAUUGCAGAGCAGCCAAAAGCUGAGCUUCAGUCAGAGCAUAAAGAAAACAAUAAUGGUAGCAGCCCGAGAGAGUCUGCAAUCCCAAACGCCCGAUACGUUUCCCGAUCAUUUAAUAUCGCAAAUAUUUGCGCCAUUUGCGGACGAUGAGAAACUUAAUGAUCAUUUUAAGAAUAUGGACUACGAACUGAAGCAAAUAGUGCAGAAAAUGUGCAGACAUGCCUACGAAAGCCAGAAGCCUUUCCUAAAAGACACUAUCAGUGAGAAGAUUAAGAAGCUUAAGCAGAGGCUUAUUCAAAAGUAUGAGGACCAGUUGGACAGGCAAAAAGAAAGCCAACAGCGAAACGCGUUAGCCAUGAAGCAAAAGUGUUUCGAUCUGCUGAAGCAGUUCCUUUUAACCGACUGCCAAGAUGAAAGUUGCAACGAAGAUUAUAUAAAGAAGCUGGAAGCUCUAUAUGAACAGGAAAUCUUAAAAAAAUAAAUUAUAUUUACGUUAUGUUUUGAAUGAUACAAUUCACAAAAAUGCACAAUUCACACAAAAUUUAUAAUGCAAUUUAUACAAUUCAUAUAUAUUUUAUGUUGAUUUUUAUUAAACUUGAUGUAAACCUUGA